AUGCCCAAGAAGGACCUCUUUUCGAGCUCCGAUGACGACGACGACAAGGACGGCGCGGGAAGUGACGCUUUGGCGCAGCAGAUGGCCGCCGCCGCCAUGCGAGAGCGGCGCCGCGACCCGCACGCGCACGCCCCGUUUACCACCAGUGAAAAAAGGAGGAGGACUGCGAUGACGACGGCGCUCGACGAUGGCAGCAGCAGCAGCAGAGACAGUGACACUGGCGAAGAGGAGCGGCCGCAGGUGCCCCAGGCGGGCGCGAAGGCGGCGAGGAAACCGAAUCACUUGACACACAGCGGCACAAGUGACGAUGACGGCGGCGGCAUUCGCAUCAACAAACAGUACGCCGCGAAGUACGAGGAGGUGAAGCGGCGGAAGGAGCUCCAGCAGCUUACUGAAAAGUACGGCAAACGACUUCACCUCGACGAGUUGGAUGAGACAGAUGAGGACGACGAGGACGACGAGGCGGUGCUGCUGACGGAGGACAAGGAGUUGGCGUUUGCCAAGGCGUUCCUCGCCAUUCGUCGGUCCACCGUCCAACAGGCGGAGCGGCAACAGCAGGGCGGCGAGGAGGACGUGCUGGGGCCUCAGUCCGUUUUUUUCCCGCCGACGGAGGAGCAGGUGCGUGAAAACACGGAAGUCUUCACGCGGUCCAUCGCGCAGAAGCGCGAGCAGCGGAAGAAGUUUACCCUCGCCGAUGAGUACCGCCGCGGGGUUGUUACGGGGGUGGAGACCCAUGCAAGCGCCCAGGCGGGUGCCGACGGGGACGAUGGGGGCCAGCAGCACCCGCAAGGGAACCGCCGCAUUCAUCCACAAACCUCCAAGGAGCAUCAACUGCGUGAGUCAUUUCUGCGGAAUGUCGCGGAGAGCACGGAGGCGUUUGAGGUGCAGCCUGUUGUUGUCACCACGCAGCAGAAGGCAGAGGAGGGCGAGCAGCAGACGUCGUCAGAGGCGAAGCGGUUGCUGGAGGGGGCCUUCUCGAUCCGUGACGCGGACGCCGGGAAAACUGCAGCUGACGACCCUGAUGAAUCCUUUCUGCGUGACUUUUUCGUGGGAGAACUGUGGAAACCGAAGAAUAACAAGCGGCGAAGGCAAACGCUGCCGGAGAUGAACGCAGACCGUGAGGGCAAUUCCCAUGAGGAGGAGGAAGAAGAGGCAGAAGAAGAAGAAGAAGAGAAUCACUACGCCGCACUGGCUGAAUUGGCGCAGGCGGAGGAAGAUGAGCGUUUCUACGCCGAGGCUGAAGCGUGGGAGAGGGCCUACCAGGACCGCGCCUACCGCCACCAGGAGGAGGAGGCCGACCAUGUACAGACGUUUCCGCGCGCCAUUGGCGAAAAUGCGGCGGGGAUACUUCGGAAAAGCGUCAAGUCCUCGCGGAAGGAGGCCCGGUUGCGCAGGUUGGAGCGGAUGAAGGAGUUGCGGGAACAGCAGGUGGCGGAGCUGCGACGGCUUAAGACGCUGAAGCGGCAAGAGAUUGAGUCACAGCGGGCCCUCAUUGCCUCCGUCGCCGGCAUUGCAAAGAGCCAGGAAAGUGGUCUGUGUGGCAGGAAGGAAAAAGCGAGGUUGCGGGGGGACGAUAAUGACGGCGAGGAGGAGGCGGCGAUGGCCCGGCUUCAGGCCCUCUGGAGCGAAAAGGACCUUGAGGAGGAGUUUGACCCGCAGAAGUUUGACAAGAAGAUGGCGCAAAUAUUUGACGACGCCUACUACGAUGAGAACAACGUGGAUGAGGAGGAAAUGGCCUUUUUUGAGGAGGCGGAAGAGGCUGGUAGCGAGGCGGAGACGGAGGCGGAUGGCGAGGGCAACCACGCCACAGAUGGUCUGCAGGAGGACGGAGAGGCAGUGGAGCCGGCGUGGUACAAAGCCCAUUCGCUGGAGGAGACGGUGGGGAUGACUGCAGCGGGGCCGCCGAAGCGGGCGCAGAAGAAGCGUGAGGACGUGCCCGAGGUGGAUGAGGCGCUGGCGCUGCUGUACCCGUCGGCCGUCAUGCAGGCGGCAGAGGCGGCCUCGCUUGGGAACGGACGUCGCGAACACAUUGAGCACAUGAUUCAGCAGCAGAAGCAGGAGAGUGCGGUCGGCCAGGGCGGGGGCGGCAAGGCGGAGGAGGCCCUGCAGCGGCUGCAGGCGGAGCUGGAAAAGAAGGAGAAGGAGUACUGGCAGCUGCACCACGACGCAACGCUGGACGGCGGGGCCAUCAAGACCCGCUUUAAGUACCGCCAGGUGGCACCGGAGGACUUCACCCUCAGUGUGGAGGAAAUUCUCUCGCGGGAUGAUCGACAACUCAACAUGUUGGUCCCCAUGAGCUGCUACGCGGCAUACCUACGGGAAGAUGCGAACCGCCGAGAUCGCAUGAAGGUGGAGCGGCGACGGCAACGCGGGUUCCGCGAGGUUGCCCCCACACGCAGCUCCCGCCGCUACGGCGACGUUGCCAAGACGGCGCUGGUGGAUGCCAACAUGACGGAGGAGGAGGGAGAAAAGUGGUCGAAGGAUGUCCGCGGUGGUCUGCGCCGGCUGCGCGAAUCCGUCGCGGUGGACGUGGAGGGCACACAUAGCGGUGACGGCAUCAGCCACAGAAAGGGUGAGACAAGGCCCCAGCAGCGACAGCAGAAGGGGAAGAUGCCGAUGCAGAAGAAGCCGCGGUACGAGAGUCAGGCAGACGGCGGCAGAUUGCCGCAAGGUGGCCGGAGUGGGUCUGCUGUUGCCUGCAGUGCAGGAGUUGACGGAGCGGGGGGACGUGGCAACGGCGGUCGUGGUCAUGGAAGAGGACGUCACGCGCGGUGA